AUGGGUCAAAAAUUGGGUAGCAACAACGUUCUACACAUAAUAGACUUUGAUAUGGGAGAAGGGAUGCAGUGGUCUUCAAUGAUCAUGGCUCUUGGUCGAAAACAAAAGGAGCUACAAGCACAACAAUACUAUGGUCAUAUUCCACACUACUCGACCCUAAAACUCACAGCAAUCAAGUGGAAAGACGAGGGUUCCGGUCAUUAUGUACCUUCAUGGAGAAAGUUCGAGGAGACAAAAAGGAGGCUACAUGAUUGUGCAAACCCCUUUGGUUUAAUAUUGGAAGUGGAAGAGGUGGAGCUACAAGAUUUAGCGAGGAAGAUAAAGGGAAAGAGAAAAGGUGGAGAAAGGAGAGAAUGGCUGGCCUUCAAUUGUAUGUGGGCUCUUUCCCAAAUGGCGAGAAAGAGGAGUAGAAGGCAUGUAUUGGACUUUGUUAGGACGGCAAAGGAAAUAUUAGCCAGUAUUUUUGUCUAUAGCAAUACUAGUAAUGGAGGCAUAUUAACAUUUGGUGAUGGAGGAGCAUGGGAAUUAUUCAAAGACUGCCCUGCUUUUGGAUUUUUCUUUGACAAUUGUAUGGAACAUUAUCAAGCCCUGUUGGAAUCAAUCGAAUGGAAGUUCCCUAGUUGCUUUAUAGAGGCGAGAAUAGCUAUGUGUUAG